AUGGCUGACGGCUCCGAGGCCAAAACGUCUGAUUAUGUUGUUGACGGCCGUGGCUGCUCACUUCUGCCCGGCUUUAUUGAUGUUUAUGCCAACAUCAAGGGCGCAAAUGCUGCUCUCGGCACCUUUGCGAGUCACGGAGUCACCACCGUUAUCGACUUGAGCAGCAACACCCAGCAAUGCCAGGCCCUGCGAGUCUAUGCUGCCGGCCGGACGGGUCUGCCCACCUUCCUGACCUCUGGCACCGAGGCCGCUCCCGCCAAAGACUACCAACCGCAACUGUACGACAGCCCUGGCGAGUCUGUCAUUCGCACGCGCGAAGACGCAGUGAACUUUGUUUCUGCGAGAUCGAGCGGCCCAGACCGCGCAGACUUCAUCAAAGUCGUCGUCGACCUCUACGCGCUCACGGACGAGAUUCUCAAGACCAUUGUUGACGCCGCUCACGCCCAUGGCAAGCUCACGAUUGCCCGUACCGCCGGAAAGGCAUCCUAUGAACGCGCCAUGCGCGCCGGGUUCGACGUCUUCGCCCACGCACCCCUCGAUGCGGCCCUCGACCCCGCCAUGGCACGUGAGAUGGCCGCCCAAGGCAAGAUCUUUGUGCCCACGCUCGGCAUGAUGCGGAGACGCGCGCCGGGCGAGAACUCUUCAAAGUCGACCGCGACCACCACCGACACCGGCCACAGGGACCGUCCGUCCGGCAUCCCGUCGCAGCGCCGCGAUGUUGAUGGUGCUGAUGGCGCGGACGAUGUGGAAGGGGACCACGACAACAACUCGGCCGACACCGGCUCGAGACAGUACACCGACCCGGGCGCCACGGCGGGCAGCGACUAUGGCAACGCGACGGCUAGUGUGCGCACGCUACACGACGCCGGCGUCACCAUUUGCGCCGGCACGACAGCGAACUUGAUACCCGGAGCCCAGAUCCCUUUUGGCGAGAGCCUGCACGAAGAACUGCGUCUGCUUGUCGAGGCCGGCAUGUCGCGGCUCGACGUGCUGCGCUCGGCGACGUGUGUGGCGGCAAAAGCGUUCCGGCUCAGCGAUCGAGGUAUCGUCCGGGGCGGUCUCAGGGCCGACCUCGUGCUCGUUGAGGGCAAUCCUCUGGAAGACAUUAGUGCAACACGCAAUAUCAAGAGAAUUUGGAUACAAGGGGAGGAAGUCGAUCCUCGGAAACUCGCAGCAUAA